CAAAUUAUAAGUCCUGAAAGAGAUCACAUGCACUCAAAUGUCUUCUUCAUUGUUUAGUAUCCCUUCCUUUCGCCUCAGAUCCCCAGCCCUUCUCUCUCCUCCUCCGUCUUCCAGGUUUGACCCUCGGUCACUCCGCCCGAUUCCAUCCUUCUCCCUUCUUCCGCAGCGGGCAUUUCCGUCUUUUCGGUGUUUCUCGUUGACCGCCAUGGCCGAUUCCGCCGUCGAUUCCGGCAUGGAUGCCGUUCAGCGACGCCUCAUGUUCGAGGACGAAUGCAUUCUCGUUGAUGAAAACGACCGAGUUGUGGGCCAUGACAACAAAUACAACUGUCAUCUGAUGGAAAAGAUUGAAUCUGAAAACUUGCUACACAGGGCCUUCAGCGUAUUUUUGUUUAACUCGAAAUAUGAGUUGCUUCUCCAGCAAAGGUCGAAAACAAAGGUUACGUUCCCUCUCGUGUGGACAAACACUUGCUGCAGCCAUCCUCUUUACCGGGAAUCAGAGCUUAUUGACGAGAAUGCUCUUGGUGUUAGGAAUGCCGCUCAGCGUAAGCUUCUAGAUGAGUUGGGUAUUAAAGCUGAAGAUGUACCGGUUGAUGAUUUCACUGCCUUGGGACGCAUACUUUACAAGGCACCUUCUGAUGGCAAGUGGGGAGAGCAUGAACUUGAUUACCUGCUCUUCAUUGUGAGGGACGUGAAGCUUGAACCGAACCCAGAUGAAGUGGCUGACAUCAAGUACGUGAACCGGGAACAGCUGAAGGAGCUGUUGAGGAAAGCAGAAACAGGGGAAGAUGGCGUGAAGCUCUCACCUUGGUUCAAACUGGUGGUAGACAACUUCUUGAUGAAGUGGUGGGAUCACGUCGAGAAAGGAACCCUCAAAGAAGUUGCAGACAUGAAGACCAUCCAUAAGCUCGUCUGAAGUUUAAACCAUAUAUCACCUUACUUCUCUUACUUUGAUUGUUGCAAUAAUAUUGGAAAAAAGCUAUAAGCUUUCAAUGAUUCUGUGUUCUGGGUUUUGUUGGUCGAUCCAUGGGCGGUGUUAGUAUCUUCUUACGCUCACACUUUGUCUUUGUAUCAAAACCUAUACGACUCUUCAAACUCUUGUCUACGUUUUGCAAAGGGGAUCUAUUUUUAGCCAA